AUGGCAAACUUGCUUCACGACUUUUAUACGGGCGGCAAUCACUGCUGUGGGCUGAUAGCGACCUCACGCUCACUGCCGGGCUUCAACAUGCUUCGACUCAGUCGCCUUUCUUUCGUCGUCGGAGCCUUCGUUCUUGUCCUACUGUACGAGUCGCUGACUUAUUUUCGGCCCAGCGUUCUGGGUAAUCAGACGUUGUCCGACUGGUAUUCAUCCCCAGCCGGCGGCACUUCUGCAAGUUCGAGUCCGAUAGCUCUUUUAAUCGCCGAUGCGGACAAGGCUUUCGAUGCCUUAGUAGCGAAGCGUUCGGAGACCCUCGAGGAUGCUGCAAACGCAUAUCGCCAGCGCCGAGGAAGACAUCCACCUCCAGGUUUCGACAGGUGGUUCGAAUAUGCAUCGAGAAACGAUGCUGUUAUCGUCGAGGAAUUUUUCGAUCAAAUCUAUCAUGAUUUGGAGCCGUUUUGGAGCGUUUCACCUCAUGACAUGCGUGCGAAAGCCCGCAACCUCGGUAUGCAUGUGCGCGUGCAUCAGCACAAGGCCGAAGCCGACACUGGCUGGUUCUGGCAUGUCAUAUGGGCCAACAUGAUCGACGAAGUUGCGCAUCUGCUUCCCGACAUGGUGAUCCCGCUCAACGCCAUGGACGAACCUAGGAUUAUGGUUCCUUUCGAGGAAAUCAACGCUCGAUUGGAGAAGGCAAGGGAGUUUCGAGUCUUGCCGCACCAUGACAAAGUCUCUGAUGUCGUCCAAGGGUGGUCUGAGGCUGCAGAGCCGGGAGAGCCACAGUCGGAGAUCGAAUGGUCCCAAUCUGCUCCUUUAUCUUUCGCACGAGCCGCUUGUGAUUUGAACAGUCCCUUGCGAGCAGAGCCCAAUAUGCUUCAUCGGGCCAUGGCAUCUAAAAAUGAUCAACCGAGACCUCAAAGCUUCAUGGUCGGAGGCUUCGUGGGCAACUGGACCCUGGCCUCGGAUUUGUGCCAAGAUCCGAGCAUCGGCGCAUACCACGGGGCAUUAACCAGCCCUUUGACCAAAUCAACCAGCCAAGAACUGCUGCCAAUGUUCGGCGGUUCCAAAUUUGCCGUCAAUAAUGAUAUUCUGAUUCCUGCCCCCAUGACCUGGAAUGGUAAUGAAAAUUUCGAGUCCGAAGACCCUCAUCUUUGGUCCUCCAAGAGUGUAAAAGCAAUUUGGCGAGGAACUGCAACCGGUGGGCGGCACGAUGCACUGAAUUGGCCCAAUUUCCACCGCCACAGGUUCGUGGCCUUGACGAAUGGCACCAAAUAUUCGCUGGCCGACGAAACCACCGACCGCAUCUUUACCCCUCUGCAACAACGAUCUUCACUCGCUGGGCUCCCCAGUGAGAUCCAGAAGAAUUUAAGCAAAUGGCUCACUAAAUACAACGACGUCUGCUUCACAGACCUGUUCUGUGAUAUUCACACCGAGGAAGGCCAAUGUUGGUACCUGUCAGACGAAUUUGAGGUUGGUGCAACCAUGCGCCUCUCUGAUCAGUAUGCUUCCAAAUACCUACCCGAUGUCGAUGGCAACUCCUUUUCUGGACGGUACCGCUCGUUUCUCAUGAGUAACUCUGUUCCUAUCAAAUCCACCCUGUAUCGCGAGUGGCACGACGCUCGGCUCGUUGCAUGGAAGCACUUUGUUCCCAUGAACAAUCGCUUCACGGAUUAUUAUGCCAUAUUGGCCUACUUUAUUGGUUGCGACGAGGACACGUGCGGUGCGGCUGGCAAGUUUGAGGGGCAUGACAGCCAAGCAGAACAAAUUGCGAAAGCUGGCAGUGAGUGGGCCGCAAAGGUUCUCAGAAAAGUUGAUAUGCAAAUCUACGUCGCCAGGCUUCUGUUAGAAUACGGUCGCCUAACAGACAACAGAAGAAACACCCUCGGUUGGGUUGCCGACCUCAAGUCUGCCGGUCCUUGA